AUGGAAUCACUAAUUUUAGCAUCAGAGAAGCAGAUGAAGGCCAGAAGUGAUGUUCUCAGUUUGCUUGAAAAGCAUCAGAUGGAGAAAAAAGCUGUCAGUGAUGCACUGUUGAAGCUUGAAAAAGAGAUGGAAAAUGAACAAAAGUUGAAGUUAGAAAUUGCUGAACUAGAGGAACAACUCAAGGUUUUGAAGUGUGUGAACUUGGAGGAAGCUGAUCAUGAGAAUAAAAGAAAGAUAGAAAUAGAAGAGAUAGAAGAAAAAUUGGAGGACAUGAUUUUUUAUAUGUCCGUAAAAGAUGAUGAAAAUCAAGCUUUGAAGAAGAAGGUACAAGAAGCUAAAAUCGAGCUAGAAGAUGCUAGGCAACAAAUUAUUAAGGAAUUACCACAAUUCUUGAAAGGGGUUACUAAGAUUCAAAUAAAAAAAAUUGGGGAGGUCAGUGCUAGGUCAUUUAAAAAAGUGUGCAUGAAUAGGUAUAAAAAUAACAAAAAAGCAUCAUCGGAGUCUGUCAAACUGUGCGCAAAGUGGCAAAAAGAAAUUCUGGAUUCAACAUGGCACCCUUUUAAGAUUGUUGAUGUCGAAGGGAAGGAAAUACAGGAAGAAAUUGAUGAAAAUGAUCCUAAAUUAUUAUCUUUAAAAAAUGAUUUGGGAGAGGAGGCAUACGUUGCUGUGGUGACAGCUCUAAAGGAAUUGCAUGAGUAUCAUAAUUCUGAUGAUGCUGAGAACACCCAUAAUUCAAGUGAGAAACAAGUGAUACCUGAGAUAUGGGACUCCGAAAAUGGACGUAGAGCCAUCGUAACUGAAGCUUUGAAGUACAUAAGCAAUAGGGUUAUCAAGAUGCGGUGACGAUGAAUGGCAAUCCCAUAUUUAAGUUAUUCCCUUUAUGUAACCUACUUUUGGGACACAAUACUCAGCACUUGUAAUGCUAUAUAGUUUUAUAGGUGCUAGUAAUCUUGUGGUUAGAUUAUAUACUAUUUUUGCUAUGACAGGUUAAAGAGAGAAUAACUACUUUCAUUGUUAUUAAUUUGUCUUUAAUUAUACUAGUUUGCA